CCAUUUUUUUUGAAUGAUUAUUUAAAUAUAUUCGAUAACUAUCCGUCGCCCUGAUACCUGAUAACAAUGGAAUAUAUAUACUUUUCCACUCUUUCCAUUAAAGAUCGCUGGAAGGUAACAGAACCGGUACAUAAGCAAGCAAACGGCGCUGGGACAAAGUUCAACCUUUGAUCUUCAUAAGAAAAUGAUGCAUUUAAAUCUCCUAAGACUUGGGGCCUGCAGAGUCCCAAGUAGACUGAUGUCCACAAAGUCAACUUCUGUCGAGAUCAAUGAUAAGACUGGAGUGGCUAUUCUUUCCAUGUGCCGGCCGCCAGUUAACAGCCAAAACGUUCAAUUUUUGCGGGACUUAAAAUCAUCCAUUUACGAAAUCGAGAACAACAAAAGCAGGGGUCUCAUCUUAACAUCCGCGAACUCAAAUGUGUUCUCAGCUGGUCUGGACAUCUUGGAAAUGUACAAUGCGGACAAGGAGCAACUGGGCACUCUUUGGACUGAGCUGCAGAACGUCUGGAUAGCCCUCUACGGCAGCGGUUUACCCACAGCAGCUGCCAUAAAUGGCCAUGCUCCUGCUGGAGGCUGCCUUCUGGCUACUGCCUGUGAGUACCGUGCUAUGCUGCCAAACUGUGUAAUCGGACUUAACGAAACCCAACUUGGAAUUAUUGCUCCUAAAUGGCUGAUGUCUGGCUAUCAGAACAUCCUGCCCCAGCGCCUAGCAGAGCGGGCUCUAACACAGGGUCGCCUCUUUACCACGGAGGAGGCCUUGAAGGCGGGUUUGAUCGAUGAAAUUGUAAAUUCCAAGGAGGAGGCUUUGGAGAAGUGCCUGAAUUUCAUUGGAACCUUUGCCAAGGUCAACCCCCUCGCCCGGAGCUUGACCAAACUGCAGUUCCGUGCCGCCAAUAUCAAAGAAUUUGAAAAGAUUCGCCAGAAAGAUGUGGAGGACUUUGUCUCUUUGGCUUCCCGACCAGAAGUUCAGAAAGUUAUGGGUGAUUAUUUGGAGAACUUAAAGAAGAAAAGCAAGAAGUAAUUUUGCCCAAUAAAUGUUUAUAAGCAAA